AGAGCAUUACAAAGGGAUUACAUAUUCAGAUCAUUAUUUCACCUUAUUACACAUAAGAUACAACAAGAAUGAUUCCAGUAGUAGAUUUUAGUACGUAUAACUUAAGGGAUGUCACCAGCUCACCCUCUGAUGAAGCCCUGGCCAACUUGGCUACAGAUGUCUACAGAGCAUUCAGUGAAGUUGGAUUUCUUUACUUGGAAAAUCAUGGAUUUGACCUUUCUCUGAUUGACAAUUACAUGAAGACUUCAAAGACAUUCUUUAAUUUACCUGCAGAAACAAAGAAGAAAUAUCUAGUUGGCACAGGCGAAGGCAGCAAGGAUAUGUACCAUGGUUAUAUACUUCAUGAACACACUGAUGCGACAAGUAAAGCUGAAGACUUGAAGGAAUGUUUCAACGCUUACAUGCAUUGGAAUGGGGAGUGGCCUGAGGAUGACUCCCCAAGCUUUAAGACAGAAAACCUCAAUAUUAUGGAAAAGUGUUGUGAGUUGAAUAAACGCAUUCUUGAAGUGAUAGCCAUAGGAAUGAAAUGGCCCAGGGAUACAUUCACCAAACACCACAAUAAUGACAAAGUCAGUCAGAACACUCUGCGUACACUGAACUACUUCCCAUUACCCAAAGGCUAUACCAUCCAACCUGACCAGACAAGAUGUGGACAGCACUCAGACUAUGGCUCACUGACAUUAGUAUUCCAAGAUAACAUUGGGGGCCUUGAGGUCAUGAACAGAGAUGGGGAUUUUGUGCCUGCCACACCGAUACCGGGCACGAUUGUAGUAAAUCUUGGUGACAUGAUGCAGCGCUGGACAGAUGACAAACUGAAGUCAACAAUACACAGAGUGACUGUCCCCAAUGACACCACUCAUGCAGUGAAAGGUCGUCAAUCUAUGGUUUUCUUUAAUUGCCCAGACAGUGAUGGUAUGAUUCAAUCAAUGGACCCUAAUGGUGGAAAGUAUAAGCCAAUCCUCUGUAAUGAUUAUUUCCAAAUGAGGCUAGCUGGCAUCAAAGUAAUAGACUAAGGAUCAGGCCACAACUUGAAAGGAUGUAAAUUAAAGACAAUGAGGCAUGUCUUGAGCCGAUCAACCCUGUGGACAUACAGUUGACCAUUUGCUAAAUAGCAUAUGUGUUGGUAGGGUCGGAAUACUAUUCAUAAUAUAUAGACAAUUGGUAAAAGUCACUUAAUUUCUUGAUUUCCACUUGAAUUUAUGUAAAACGUUUGAAAAGUAACUCUAUGAUCUUGUUGACAUGUGGAUUGUGAAUUUAAUAUUAAAAUUGUGAACCUUAAGAGUAAAUAAACUUUUAAAGAUUUUUUUAACAUUGUGUCAAUGGGUAAUUAGCCCCACCUUUUUCAAAAAAUGUGAAAAUC